AUGGCGAUGGAGAGUUCUCUGGUAGCGGCGGCGAAGAAGAAGGCGAAGAAGAAGGGCACCAGCCAAGGGAAACAAAAGAUCCCCAUCAAGAAGAUCGAGGACCGUGCGCUUCGCCGCGUGGUCUUCAACAAGCUUCGUAGGGACCUCUUUGGCAUGGCCGCAAAGCUCUGCGCCACCACUGGUGCCCGCAUCGCCAUCAUCGUCUUCUCCCCCAGCGGCCGCCUCUUCACCUUCGGCCGCCCUUCUGUCGCCGCUGUCCUUCGCGCUUUCCUCCUCGGUCGCCUGCGACGGCCGGCGGAGCCGGAGGAGGUGCUGCGCGGGCCCGCGUUCGCCGAGGCCGAGGAGCGCGCGUCGACCCUGGAGGCGCCGCAGCGCCGACUUGAGAGGCUGGAGAAGUUGCGGAGACUGGCGCUCGCAAGAGCCCACGAGUUGGCGAGUGCGAGGGAAGAAGCGGAAGCGGCCUCCAAGACGACGGACGUCGACCCCGUCACUGCUACUCCGGACGACAUCCCUGCCAGAGAUUGA